AUGCCCCCCAAACUUUCCAAGACCGCCAAGCAAGGCUUAAUCGUCUCACACCUCCGCUCCACACGCACCUGCCACACGCUCAAAGAUCUCGAGAAGACGCUCCCCUCUGUGGCCUCGAUCAACGGCAUCCAGGUCAAGGAAUACAUCCAGGAACUCACCGACGAUGGCAAGAUCCGCGUGGAGAAGAUCGGCAGCGGCAACUGGUACUGGUGUUUUGGUGGGGACGAGAAAAAGGAACGGGAAAGGCAGUUAUGUCAGCUCCGGAAGGACGUGGAGCGGGUCCAGGCUAGUUGCAAGCGAGCGAAAGCCGAUUUGGGCGUGCGCAGAAAGGUGCUGGACAGGGACAAGGGUGAUGGUGAGGACGGUGAGACCGAGGAGCUGAUGGAGAGGAAGAAGGCGCUUGAUCAGGAGGUUAAGCGGCUCCAAAAUGAGUGGACGGCUGUCUCUACGACCGGGGAAGGGAAAGGGGUUGGGGUCAUGAGGGACGAGGCCGGGGAGUAUCGCCAACGGGCGCAGGAAUGGACGGAUAAUAUCUACGUGCUGGAGGAAUAUGUCAGACAGCUCGCUAGCGGCGAUCGCGAGGUGGUGCAGGCGGUACAAAGGGAGUGUUAUGGGGAGGAGUACGUGGAGGGGGAGGGAUUGCGCGAGCUGGCCUGGUCGAGUUGA